AUGGCGAGAAAGGGAGGCUGGAUAAAAGAGAAAGCGAACGGGGAGAAAGAGAGAACAGGGGAGUCCCUGAGACAGAUGUCACCCUCACUGCAGAUUGAUGGCUCUUGGCCAGUUUCCACGCCAAGCUUUGACCCCGCUGUCCUUUGCAGUUGUGCCUUCCUCACAUACUGUGCAAGAGAAUCAGCGCUAAAAGCUCAGACCGCGCUUCACGAGCAGAAGACGCUACCUGGGAUGAACAGGCCAAUCCAGGUGAAGCCAGCUGACAGUGAGAGCAGGGGAGAAGACAGAAAACUCUUCGUUGGCAUGCUGAAUAAGCAGCAAUGUGAGGACGACGUGCGGCGCCUUUUUGAGUCCUUCGGGAGCAUUGAGGAGUGCACCAUCCUCCGAGGUCCUGACGGAAACAGCAAAGGUUAUUGCUUCUCCUUGGUCCCACCCCCAGGUGGAAGCACGCCCCCUGGCAUCACGGCUCCCACGGUGACCAGCAUUCCAUCUCCAAUUAGUGUCAACGGUUUCACAGGGCUGCCGCCUCCUCAGGCCAAUGGCCAGGCCCCAGCGGAGGCCAUGUUUACUAAUGGAAUCCAUCCUUACCCAGUUUUGCAGGAAGUGGUGUUUAGGGAAGACUCGGAGAAGGGCGGCCUGGGCGUGGCACAGAGAAGUUGUUUUGGGGUUCAGGGAAGCUGCUUCCUGUCGUCUCUCUCAGAAGCUCAGAGUCCCACUGCAGCAGACCCCCUACAGCAGGCCUACGCUGGAGUCCAACAAUAUGCAGCAGCCUUCCCCGCUGCAUAUGGACAGAUCAGCCAGGCCUUUCCCCAGCCGCCUCCCAUCAUCCCUCAGCAACAGAGAGAAGGGCCAGAGGGCUGUAACCUGUUUAUUUAUCACCUCCCUCAGGAGUUUGGGGACGGCGAGCUGAUGCAGAUGUUCCUGCCUUUCGGUAAUGUCAUCUCCUCCAAAGUGUUUGUGGAUCGGGCGACAAACCAAAGUAAAUGCUUUGGCUUUGUGAGCUUUGAUAACCCAGGCAGCGCUCAGGCCGCCAUCCAGUCCAUGAACGGCUUUCAGAUCGGCAUGAAGAGACUCAAAGUGCAGCUGAAGAGGCCAAAGGACGCCAACCGCCCAUAUUAGCCCCGUCCCUCCCCCCAGCCACCCCUGACCCUGGGGGUGAAGGCCGCCGCUGCACACAGGGAACGAUAGGUUUUGUAGAGCUGGAACACAUGUUGAUAACAUGCCAAAUGUAUUUGAAAACACAACAGAUCAAGAUCAUCGGGGCUGGGGAUACAAUAGAGCUGAAGCGGGACAUGAGGAGGACGUAGCUGCGUGAUAUACCACCACCAGGCUCAAUGGACCUUUUUGGACUUCAGUGUUUAACUCAGGGGAGCCGCGGUGUUACUGGACCAUACCGUACUCCCUUCUCCGAACCCCCGAGCCCUUAUUUUGCAGGACCACAGGACACACUACUGAAGACCAACACAAUAUAUAUAUAUAUAUAUAUAUAUAUUUAAAAAAAGAAAAAGAAAAACAAUGUAAGCCCUUAAAUGGCUCCGAAUCUAUGAAUAAGUAGUAUGGAAAAAACACUUUUUAAAACUAAGAUAGACUUUUAGAUGGGAAUCAUGUAAUAUUGAACACGUCUUUGGGAAAACUUUUUAAAGAACUGUUUUAGAAACCAACAAAACGGAUUAAAAAAAGAACAAGAACUUGAAAGACAGAACUUUUUGGAAGGAUGUGACAAUUCAGGACAAGAACUUGCUUCGACUCGGGAUGGCCAACUUUUUUUCUUGGAGUGCCUGUCCGUUUCCAGGGGCAACGGCUGCCACAAACCGCAGCCUCCGUCCGCUGGGAGACUUACCUGUCAUUCCUUAGUUGUGUAGGGACCAAAUGACCAAACCUUUUUAUCACAAAUGAAACAGAAAAAAAAAAAAAAAAAGACUCAUACCUGUAACAUAAUCGGACCACUGCAUCUCUUGCUGUGCCAAUCGGUUUAAGAGUU